CAGCGUCCUCACAGCGAGGACGACCCAGAGCAGCGUCCUGUCUGAAGACACAGCAAGGAGACACAGCGAAGACGACCCAGAGCAGCGUCCUGUCUGAAGACACAGCGAGGAGACACAGCGAGGACGACCCAGAGCAGCGUCCUGUCUGAAGACACAGCGAGGAGACACAGUGAGGACGACCCAGAGCAGCGUCUUGUCUGAAGACACAGCGAGGACGACCCAGAGCAGCGUCCUGUCUGAAGACACAGCGAGGAGACACAGUGAGGACGACUCAGAGCAGCGUCCUGUCUGAAGACACAGCGAGGAGACACAGUGAGGACGACCCAGAGCACCGUCCUGUCUGAAGACACAGCGAGGAGACUCAGCGAGGACGAUCCAGAGCAGCGUCCUGUCUGAAGACACAGCGAGGAGACACAGUGAGGACGACCCAGAGCAGCGUCCUGUCUGAAGACACAGCGAGGAGACAGUGAGGACGACCCAGAGCAGCGUCCUGUCUGAAGACACAGCGAGGACGACCGAGAGCAAGAUGGACAGACUUCUUCUGCUCAUCAUGGCUGCAUCAGGGCUGAGUGCUGUCUCAUCAGCUGCUGGACGUCAGUACUAUUUUGUGUAUGACAGGAAGAAUUUUACUGAAGCCCAGAGAUACUGCAGAGAGAAACACACAGACCUGGUCUCUGUAGAUACACAGGAGGUUGUGACAAUCCUAAACAACACCGCAGAUCUAGACCACAUGUUCUACUCCAAGAACAGCUACAGAGCCUGGGUAGGACUGUCCGGGGACAGCUGGAGGUGGUCCCUGUCAGACCCAAGUUUCUACAAACCCGGGGAGACGGACUUCACACGAUGGGGGUCAGGAGAACCAGAUGUUAAAUACAGUGAAAAAGCCUGCGUCGCAGUUACUAAUAAUGGAGACUGGUUCGACUACAUUUGUAACGACAGAGGUUUUCACACAGUGGCGUGUCCAGUCUGCGCAGAUGUCAGAGGGUCAAAUGUGACUUUUGUCCACGUCAACACCACUAUUUCAUGGACUGAAGCCCAGAGCUACUGCAGAGCUAACUACACAGACCUGGCCAGCGUGAGAAACAUGGCAGAUAUCCAGAAGAUGAGGGCGGUGAUAGCUGGAGUACCCCUUCAACCCUGGAUUGGCCUCUCCAGAGACCCCUGGAAGUGGUCUGAUGGAAGUUCCUCCUCAUUCAGCUUCUGGAAGACCGGGCAACCUGAUAUCAAGAACGGGAACCAGACCUGCGUGGCUGCAGACUUCAGCCAAUCCGGAGCCUGGGAGGACUGGCCAUGUGACAUGGAGAGAGCGUUCAUUUGCUAUGGUCCAGUGGUUCCUGUUUCAAAGAAAGUGAUGAAAGUGAAGUUUGUGAAGAAGGGGGAUGGGGAUCUGAAUGAGUCUGAUGUGAUGGCGGCCAUGUUGGAGCAGCUCCAACAGAAGCUGAGGGCCCAGGGGCUGGACCACAACAUCAAGCUGAGCUGGAGGAAGCAGGCCGAUGGAAAAGUCUUCCACAAGGAAGACCAGAAGACCAACAAGAGGAGGAGGAAGAGGGACGAGCUGUAGUGUUGAGUUGCUGCGUCUCUUUCUUUCCUCUAAGAUGUGACGGAGCACAACAGAGCUGCAACUAUCAGCUGAUUCAGAGUCAGUUCUGGAUUUUCCUUUUCAACCUGGACCCUAUUUUCCCAUGCGCAUGCUGCUCCAUACACGCUAAAAAAGUAAUUAUUUACAUGGAGUCUGGUGGAGAUAUGCUGCUCUAUACAUGCUAAAAGUAGGGAUUAUUUACAUGGAGUCUGGUGGAGAUAUGCUGCUCUAUACACACUAAAAGUAGUGAUUAUUUACAUGGAGUCUGGUGGUUUGGUGACGGUGAUUUCUGUUUCAUGGUA